AUGCGCUUCCUGCUGGCGACAGCCAUCUUAGCUCAAAGCAGCUUACCAGCAGCUUCAGCGAUGGCACAGCCAUCAGUAGAGGAUCAUGUGAUGACGACAAGCACUGAACUCAUGCAACAACGCAAUAUUGCAACUCAAUCCAUUCGUUUCAAUGAACCCGAAGUGAGAAGGCGAGCUCGACGACGUCUACAGAAUGCACUUCAAAAGAAGAGCACAACCAUGAUCCAAGCAAAACCAUCCGUCUUACGGAACCCAAGAAGAAGGACCACGACAGAUGCUGUUAUUUCGACUGAUCAGAAGGAAUGCGCACCUGACAUUGGAAUUCUUGGGUGCGGUGUCAAUCAAUAUUGUGUCGAAAGCGAUAGUUCCACACUCGGGGGGCUAUGCUUGUCACAAGAAUCGUUUCAUGACCUCCAUCGCAGGAAUUUGCGAAGCUACUUUCUUCCGGCUCCUUCGGUUUGCGAUCCAACCAGUUUUGAUGCAGGAAAUUACGACUGCAACUGUGAUAAGUUUGAUCUGGCAGAAGAGAUUGGUGAAUUCACUUGUACUCUUAGCGAGUAUGAAUGCAAGACGGAUAAUUUGUGUGGGAAUAAUGAAGUCACCCAUGUUGUAUCGGAAGGUGGUGCAGUUGCCUCUUAUUGCUAUGGUUUUGAAAAGCCCUAUGAUAUCGAUCUGUGCUACACAGUGGAUACGGAACGAAAUUGCAACAUUUCGGUACAAAAUGAAGCAUGCGCCAAGUGUGAAAUUGUAGACGGGGUGGUACACCCCAUUUAUGGCUUCAUUGGUUACAAUUGCUAUGACUUCGAUUGCACCAAUACUCUUGCGGGGCUCAGGGGGAACAACUGCGCCGGGGACUAUGUCUUGGAUGCUUUGAAUGGACUCACCAUGCCGAGUUCCUCACCAUCGACUCCAUUACCAUCAUCUUUACCGAGUGCAUCACCAUCGCAAGUACCAUCCUUGCAACCAUCUUUUGCCCCAACGGUGACGGCAUCUUCGCAACCAACAGCUCUUCCAUCCGUUUCGCCGUCCAUGCGUCCAUCUUCUGCUCCCACAGAUGCUCCUUCCCAGUAUCCUUCGGCAAUCCCGUCUACCAUUCCUUCAACUCCACCAUCAGCAGGACCAUCCAUGUCACCAACAAUAACACAUUCCACAACACCAACAAUGUUACCAUCGUCAGAGCCAUCUAUGCAGCCUUCACCAGUGGCAUCAUUUGUGCCCACAAGAGUCGUUAGCGGUCAACCCUCGUUGAACCCAUCCGAGUCCCCUUCAAUUGCAACAGCGCACCCAAGUGAGGCUCCAAGUUUUGAACCGUGGGAUCCUUCGAAAGAAGACAAGGCAAAUCGGUCAAGGGGAGGAGAAGAGAUGGAUUCUGCGGGAAAUUUGGCUCAUGGAGACAUCUCAUUAUCAUUCUACAUUUGUUCCACAAUCCUUUUGGUUGCUUUGCUGUAG